AUGGCGCCCAGCCGUAUCGGCCCGCAGAACGAAGCCGCACCUGAUUACAAGAAUGGUGCAAGCCUCAAGUCCAAAUGGCCAGCCGCGGAAGACUUAUACGGGUCUAACCAGCCUUGUCGAAUUCAAGGCGAGGUGGCGGACCUUGUUGUCCUGGGCGACAUACCGCCGGAGAUUGACGGCACGUUCUACCGAGUGACAGUCGACCCAUUUAUGCCUCCUCACCCCGGCAAUGUGCCCAUUGAUGGGGAUGGCAACAUCACCGCCCUUCGCUUCAAGGACGGAAAGGUUGACUUGAAACUCCGUUAUGUCGAAACCGAGCGUUUCCAAAUCGAACGUAACGCUGGAAAGGCCAUGUUCGGGCUGUACCGCAACCCCUUCUCACACCAUCCCUGCGUGCGUGCCGCGGUGGACUCGACAGCCAACACUAACCUGGUGCUGUGGGCAAACAAAUUCAUGGCUCUAAAGGAAGGAGGACUGCCGUAUCAGGUUGACCCGCACACCCUUGAUACUAUUACAUAUGAUCCUUUUGGGGACCAAGGAAUCAAAGCGAAGACUUUCACCGCACAUCCGAAAAUCGACCCGUUCAGCGAGGAGCUGGUGGUCCAUGGAUAUGAGGCCAAAGGUCUCGCGACCACGGACAUUGUAGUCUAUGCUCUGGACAAGGACGGCAAAAAGAAGGAUGAACAAUGGAUCAAGAGUCCUUGGUGUGGCCCAAUACACGACUGCGCCAUCACCCCUAACUGGCUGAUUCUUGUCCAGUGGCCAUUUGAGGCAAAUGUCGAAAGAAUGAAAAAGGGUGGGCACCACUGGGCCUGGAGCUAUGACUUGCCCGCAACCUUUAUUGUGGUGCCCCGGCGCAAGAGCACCAAGCUCCCAGACGGAUGGAAAGAGGGCGAGUAUAGAGUCUAUCACGAUCGAAAUGUCAUGCUCAUCCACACGGCUGGUGCUUGGGAGGGAGACGACGGAAAUACUCUCUUUGUGGAAACGACCAGAGUACAUGACAACGGCUUCCCUUUUUUCCCUCCCGAUGAUGGGAGAAUGCCUGCACCUGAUGCAAAGGCAGACUUUGUGCGCUUCAAAUUGGACCUGAGCCAGCCCACGGGCAGCAAGCUCACCACCGAGCCCGAAGUGAUACUAGACAUCCCAGCUGAGUUCCCUCGCAUUGACGAGCGCUUCCUUUCCAAGCCGUACGAUGUCUCUUGGAUCAAUGUUAUGACCCCAGCUGAGCAUCGCGACGCUGUUCCUCCAGGGGAUGAGCACCUUGUCUGGGGCGGACUGGAUGGAGUGGCCAUGCAUCGCUACUCUACUGGCGAGACCCAAAUCUACUGGGCUGGCUACGAUGGGAUCUGUCAAGAACCCAUUUUCAUUUCUCGUUCAGACGAGGCCGAGGAAGGUGACGGUUGGGUCAUGUGUAUGGUGGAGAGAAGAGUCGCAAAUCUGUGCGAGGUGAUCCUUUUAGACACGAGAGACUUUUCCAAACCCAAGGCCGUCAUCAAGAUUCCAUUCCAUGUAAAGAGUCAGGUACAUGGAAAUUGGAUUGAUCAGAGGAGACUCAAAGAGAGGCGGAGCCUGGUGAAGGAGGGAGUAGCUGUCAAAAUCAGCAAGAGGGGCGCGCUGGAGAGUUGGGAUAUCACUGCGUAG